AAAAAAAAUGCUGAAUAUAGUAUAGUAUAUUCUUGGAAAAGUUGAUUUUUUAGCAGAAAAAUCCAGUAGUACUCUGCGUCUGCUAUGCUAACAUCUUUCUCAGCCGGAGCUGGUGGAGCUACGCCGCCGGCAUUAACCAAUUUGAAAUGGUUGAAUUCGAGGCGUUUAAGGAUCUGGGCUGGAUGUGAUUUUCCGGAUUUUCUUCCUAAACAAGUUGAGAAAAUCAAAGACCCUUAUGCUAGAAAGUUGGCUUCACGAAUUGAGAGAAUACCAGUAAACUUUUCAAAGGGUUGUGUCAUGAGUAGUUGUGUGAAGCCAAAAGAACAGAAAGAGGCCAAUCCAGUUGUACUUCUCCAUGGUUUUGAUAGCACAUGUUUAGAGUGGAGGUACACACUUCCAUUGCUUGAGGAGGCUGGGUUGGAGACCUGGGCAGUUGAUAUCCUUGGAUGGGGUUUCUCUGAUCUAGGAAGGCUUCCAUCGUGUGAUGUAGCUUCCAAGCGUGAUCAUCUUUACCAGCUGUGGUCUACCUACAUCAAGAGGCCAGUGGUACUUGUCGGACCGAGUCUUGGAUCUGCUGUUGCUAUUGACUUCUCUGUCCACUAUCCAGAAGCUGUGGAUAGGCUUGUUUUAAUAGAUGCAAGUGUUUAUGCGGAAGGUACAGGAAAGCUCGCGACAUUACCCAAAGCAGUAGCUUAUGCUGGGGUCUACUUGUUGAAAAGCAUACCACUUCGUUUAUAUGCAGCAUCAUUGGCUUUCACUGGCUUACCAAUAAGUACAUGUAUAGACUGGACUAAGAUAGGUCGUUUACAUUGUUUAUUACCUUGGUGGGAGGAUGCAACAGUGAAUUUCAUGAUCAGCGGAGGUUACAACGUCAUUGAUCAGAUAAAGCAUGUCAAGCACAAAACACUAAUUAUAUGGGGCGAAGAUGAUCAGAUUAUUGACUACAAGCUUGGAGUGAGAUUGCAUUGUGAAAUUCCAAGUGCAACGCUAUGCCAAAUACCCCAGUGUGGCCAUAUUCCUCAUGUGCAGAAGCCUGAUGUUGUCUCCAGGUUGAUCACGGAAUUUGUUCAGUCUGAUCAAUCACAAAAGGCGAAACCUGACUCUGUCUCCACCGUCUCUGUUCCUAUGAUUACUGGUACUUGUACAAGCAGAUAUUUAGCAUAUCCAAAUUGACUUCCUGGUUCAACAUAGUGAUGAGGUUUGUUUGCCAGCUUCAAUGAUGAACUGUGAUUUCAUUCUUUAAGCAAUGUCGGCAAUAUUACCAACAUACCGAAGGUGCUUUGGCAUCCAGUUCAUAGUGUAACAAACUGAACA